CCUUGGAGGAAGCUGAAGACGGGCAUACAGCGUCAUGAGAUAGACCGGAACGUUCUUCUGUCUUCCUUUUCGAUACCCCGGGGUUUUCUUUGUUGUUGGCUAUUUUUUUCUUUCUUUUUUCUGUGCAUAUCUCCCUCCUGUAUCUUGUUCAAUCUGAGCUUGAAAAAAAGAUAUGGCCGAAUUACCACCCUUGGCAGCUGUCCCGCCAUCUGCAGUGCGGAAGAUUAUCCCAAGUGAGGAAUGGGAAGCCUGUCUAGACGCUUGGAUUCUCCUCAUUGAAAUACGGCUGAGAUUAUCAGAUGCUGAAUUUGGAUCCUCCAUUUCAAAGGAUACAUCUGCUACAUCAUUUCUGGGUUCUUAUUUUUCGCAACUUGCCACACCAGACGACUCAGCUCUGCAUGCGGGGCCGAAAGCCAGGGCUUUACGACGACUAUGUUUCUUAUGGACAAGGAGAUCACUACUGGAUGGGAAUCGUCCUCCUUCCGAAUUAUUAGACUGGAAGUUUCUAGGCGAUUUCAGUGCUUGCUAUUCUUCGAGUUCGGCUCUGAAAAGACUACUCGAGGAUACAUGGAGUAGACACGAAGACACAAUAACGUCCAGUAUCGACAAGGGGAAGUCUCUAAUCAUCAAGCAGCUAUCAGUGCCACGGCCUCUAACAGAUGGUGAUACGUUGCUUGACAUUAGAAGACUAACAAUCUUUGCCUCUUGUCUUCCGGCUGCCGGCCACGUGCUCAUGGCCGGUUCUGAUUACUUGGAUACCCUUUUUGAUGCCUAUAAAGAACAAAAAAGCGAGGGGAUACGGAGGGUCCUCGUCGCUAAUGUCUAUGUGGGAUUCACAUCUCUGUUAAAAGGUCCUAAAACAAACAUGUCAUUAUUGCUGGACCAGCUCUUUAGCUUGAAGGCAGCAGCUGGCGUUGGCCAACCUUCUUCGAAAAGAGAACCGACCUUGCUCUCAGAUCUGAUCUGUGGAUCUGAUCUUUUGAUACGGAUGGAACGGUAUUUGAGCGUCUCUCCGCAGAAGAGGGGUCAGGAUCUGGUGUCUAGCUUGCGUCAAUACCAAACAGAGUCCAAACAUCUGCAUCAUCGAUAUCAGAAACACAAGAAGAACAAAGGCAAAGAUCGCGCUCAGGAUAUUCCCACCAGGGCUGAGGUCCAUGUGCAUAAAAUGUCCCUGAUAACUCAGAUUCAAGAUCUUUUCCCGGAUCUGGGCUCAGGAUACGUGCUUCGACUACUCGAUUUUUACAACGAUGACCCGGAAACUAUCAUUGCACGCCUCCUGGACAAUUCCCUGGCUCCGGAAUUGCAGACUCUCGAUAAAACUGAACAAUUACCAGAGGUACAAUCGACCGGGAACCACGACGUCCUGUCUCCUCGACCUACGCCUCCUCAGCUUCCCUCGCCGUCCGAACCUGCAUUUACACGCAAGAACAUCUUUGACAAUGAUGUCGACCUGGUCGAGCUCGCUCGCUCCGGAGACGAACAGAGCCAGAAGCUUCAUUUUGGCCGAGUCAACCGCGAUUUGACCGCCGACGACAUGCUCAACGACCCCAGUCAGCGAACGACCAGAAAGGCCGCUAUUCUAUCCGCCUUGGCGGCAUUCGACUCAGACGAAGACGAACGCGAUGACACGUACGAUGUCGCAGACGUCGGCGGUACCGUCGACUCAGUCCCAGCCGGUACAGACGCAGAAGCCGACGCGGACAUUCGAAACCGUCGUUCUGCAGCCGCAGACGAAACUGAACUGUCCCUCUUCCGUACCUACAAGUCCAACCCUGGCCUCUUCGCGCGUGACUCCGCUACGCGUCGCUCCCAGCCCCGUGCGCAACUGAAGCGCGAGACGGGCAUGACCGACGAAGCCAUUGAAGGAUGGGCGGUGAUGCUAGCACGAGAUCCGAAGCGCUUGUCGAAACUCGAAAGCAAAAUGGCCCUUGCUGCGGGUGGUGCAGGAGGCGGUAUCGGUGCCGUAUCCCAACCUGAUCUUCCAUCGACAUCAUAUCGCAAACCUCGAUCAGAGGAUGAAGAAGACGAAGAUGAGCCCGGUGACGGGGCCGCUGGACCAGCCUCUCGAGGCCGCGGCGGUCCCAAUAGAGGUGGACGUGGCCGAGGUCGUGGAGGUCGCGGCCGAGGGGGCCGUGGUGGAGGCAGAGGCGGCGGCGAUGUGGCCGGCCCUACUGGUAAUAAGGACACGACUAUCGCUCGUCAGAGGAAAGAUGCGAAUAAAGCCAGCAGGGCGAAUCACAAUCGGCGUGAUCAAAGAGCGAAGAAAAUUGCACGAGGUGGAGGACUUCCUGGCUGAUGGGAUCCAGAGCCAUUCAAAGCCGUUGAUGAAUCGUGAAUGCAUUAUUGCUGGGUUUACCAUGCUUGGAACAAAAGUAUUCAUUCUAUUUAUUAUGCAUUACAUGGGUAUUCUGUACAUGGCAAGCAUCCUGAGUUCAGCAUUGCAUACAAUAAUACCAAUAGAGACGUCUUCAGCAUUUAACGUAGAAUGUUAAAGGGAU